AGUAUGGCGACUAUCUGGAAGGCAUUGCCCGUUUCCUGGCUGAGCUAAUUCUGCUGGAUUUCUUCUUCAGAGAAGUCCAUUCGAUUCCUGCAAUAGACAUGGAAUCCUCUCCAACAAUAGAAGAGUUAAAAAAACACAUCUGUGAUUUGGAGGAAAGCAAGAAGUGUCUCAGAGCAGAGAAAGAGCAAAUGGAGCAAGACUUUGGGAUGAAGAGAGCUAAGUUCCGUGAGCUUUACCUGCACAAAGAAGAGCAAUUGAAUAAGGAGUCAGAGGCCUUGAUGAAGAGUCAGGCGGAGGAACAGCGUUUGCAGAAAGAAGUACAGCGGCUACAGAGUGAACUGGAUGAUGCCAAGAGUCAGGUCACCAUUGCCCAGUGCACACUUGAGAAUGUAGAAGUUGAAAAUCACAGAUGGCAGGAGGAGGUGGCAACACUUCGGCGAGUUCUCUCUGAUGUGGAGGAGGAGAAGCUCAACAUUCAGCAAGCUCUAGAGCACAAGAAGGACAAGAACCAGAAACUGAAUGUGGAACUGUCACGACUACGUCGCCUGAUCAAGCCAGACCAAGAUGCUGGGGAGAGCAUUCUGGCCUCCUUAAAGAAACGAGUUGGAGCCAUUGCAGCUGGAGAGAUAAGCAUAAACCCUCCUCAAUCAACCUCAACCUCCAUUGGCUCAUCAUCUGAUCCUGGUUCUUUAGAGAAUCUUGAAGACAGCAUGAGAAGGGCCCAAGAGGAGCAGCAGGUGUUGCAGAACAUUGUGGCUCCCCUGGAGGAAGAAAUCCUCGUAUUGAAGGACAAGCUGAGGCUGACAGAUGAGCAGCUCCAGGCUUAUGAGCAGUGUCAGGCUGAUGUGGUCAAUGGCUCCAAGGAACUUGCCACUCUCGUUCAGGAGAGCAAGAACUUUGAGUCUCUACUUCAGGAGAUUUCUUUGCGGCUGGAAGAGCUUUUGAAGCGAAAAGACCUACAGUCCACUCCUCUGGCACUAUAUUUUGGAGUUCUCAACUUCCAGAAGACAAUGUACCUCAGCGAAAUUCGACGACUUAGGAAGCAGGUGAAGGAUGCAUAUCGAGGAUUCAGCACUGAUUCUCAACUCCUGACCAAGCUCCAACUCAUGCAUUCUCUCCUCACAAAGGAACAACUGGUGCAAUUUGAAGAAUUGACUAAAGGAGGAUAUUCUGGAGAGUACCUGAGGCUAGGUGGUUGUGAAGACACUUCUCCUUCAAGGUCUUUGGAUGAGGAUGCUUAUAAAAUGAGAGAGGAAGUUCAGCAUGGGAUCAGGGAUGAGAGUGCCAGUUUGAGACUGUCUUCUCUGGACACAUCUGGCCCACAAGGCUCUGUGGACACAGAUGAAGGUCACUCAGAUGAGCCAAGCAGUGAACGUGAUAGUAGCCUUUUCAAUCAUCAAGAUUCUGGCAAUACCCAAAUUACAGAGGAAUCAGAGUGCCAGCAGUUACAAGAUGAGGCCUCACUGAGAACACAGAACCUCAUCCUACCAUCAUUCACAGCCAUAGAACUGGAACAGCAGCUCUGUGCUUCCCGCAAGGAAGCGGCAGAUGCACACAAGCAAAUAUCCUUACUUGAGCAGAAGCUCUCUCGCUACAAGGAGGACCUUGAUCGAGAAGCACAUUACCGGCGAGAGGAUGAGGACAAAUGGUCUGAGCUGUCAAAGAAUUACGAAGCACAGCUGAGCCAACUGCAGAAGAGGCUCGAAGAACGAGAACGCAUCUUUGAAGACCUGCGGGGACUCUGUGAGCAGACCAAAACCAUGGCUCUGGAACGCUUCAAGCAGCUUACCUUGAACCGACAAGAGGUUCAGGAUGAGAUCAAUAGAUUGGAAGCAGAGAAUGAGAUGCUGAUGGGGAAAUACAAAGUGCACACCCAGGCAUUGCAUCGGGACCUGCCUUCUGUGCCAAACACACUUGAGGAGAUGCAGCAGGUGCUGCAUCAUCUGCGUGAAGAACUCAUUAGGAACCGUGUGGCCAAGGAGCAUCUAGAGGAGAGCCUUCGCUCCGAGAUCCUCUUCCUCAAAGAUCAGAUUAGUGCUGAGCAGAGUGAAAAGGAAAGCCUUGAGAUCUCCUACAACACCGAGAUCUCAGAACUCAAAGAGCAGGUGGGUAUUAUGCAGACGAUCCAGGCGCAACUGGAGAAGGAGGAGUCUCUGAGGGUUGAGUUUGAAGAAAAGCACUCUGGUUGCAAGAAGGAGUUGGAUGAAAUCCGAGCCAGGAGCCUUGUCCUUGAGGCCAGUGUCAAGGACCUUUCUUCACUAAAAGAGCAGUUGGAGAAAGAGGUGACCCAUCUGUGGAGCCGGGUGUCGACGCUGCAGCAGGAGGUGGAGAACUCCGAGGCGAACCAGCGCGACUUCGUGAGGCUGACUCAAAGCCUCCAAGUGGAGCUCGAGGGGAUACGUCAGGGAGAAAACGAAGUGAGGUGGCAGCACGAGGAGGACGUGAACCAUUGCCCUCGCUGCUCUCGUCCCUUCACUGCUAUUCUCCGCAAGCACCAUUGCCGGCACUGCGGGAAGAUCUACUGCAGCGAGUGCACUUCGCAGACGGUGGGAAGCGGCCCGCACGGACGACCCUCGCGAGUCUGCGACGUCUGCCACACCAUCCUCGUCCGGGACUCCGCUCCUUACUUCUCGAGGCACGCCCCGAAUCUUCCCGAAUGACACGGAUCUCAUCCAUUCUCUCCGUCUACCUGUGAUCGGCUGUUUGAAUCUAUCCGAAAAGUACGAGCAUACCGGUAAUCUUAUAUUCCGUGUCGAGUUUUGCACCUGGCUUCUGUCGUGAUGCAUUCUGGCCAAACCAAAGCAUUCACUUUUUUUUUGGGAGAC